CAGCCUGUAGUUUCAGGGUCACAGCCACACUCAGGGCACGUCAAAGAGCAUCACUGUCUCAGUACUUACUCAGCCACCACCAUGGGGAAUUGCAKCCAGGGAUGCAAAGACUAYUUCUCUCGGCAAAAGAACACCAACAUCCGUCUUACACUGCCGGUAGUCUGCUUCGUCUGGCAGAUCGCCAUGAUCAUCCUCUUCGGAGUCUUCAUCCGCUACGACRAGGAGUCGRACRCACACUGGGUAGAGACCAAGGCCCAUGASAACAUCACCAGYGACAUAGAGAAUGACUUCUACUUCAGAUACCCCAGCUUCCAGGAUGUCCAUGUGAUGAUCUUUGUGGGUUUUGGGUUCCUCAUGACUUUCUUGAAGAGGUACAGCUUCGGUGCGGUCGGCUUCAACUUCCUCAUUGCCUCCUUCGGCCUGCAGUGGGCUCUGCUCAUGCAAGGCUGGUUCCACUCUCUAGACCCCCAGACAGGAAAGAUCUUCAUCGGUAUUGAAAGUCUGAUCAAUGCUGACUUCUGUGUGGCGGGCUGUCUCAUAGCCUACGGGGCAGUGCUGGGMAAAGUCAGCCCGGUCCAGCUGUUGGUUAUGACCCUGUUUGGUGUCACUCUGUUCGCUGUGGAAGAGUACAUCAUUCUGAACUUACUUCAUGCUAGGGAUGCCGGUGGCUCCAUGGUUAUUCACACCUUUGGAGGUUAUUAUGGUCUGGCCAUCUCUCGGGUCCUUUACCGACCUAAUUUACACCAGAGCAAGCAUAUGCAGGGCUCUGUGUACCACUCCGAUACCUUCGCCAUGAUCGGCACACUGUUCCUGUGGAUGUUCUGGCCCAGUUUCAACUCGGCCAUUACUGACCAUGGAGACGGUCAGCACAGGGCAGUCAUCAACACCUACCUGUGCCUAGCCUCCACUGUCCUCACCACAGUGGCCAUCUCCAGCCUUUCCCAGAAGACUGGCAAGCUCGACAUGGUGCAUAUCCAGAAUUCCACCCUGGCUGGGGGUGUUGCCUUGGGGACAGCGGCUGAGUUUAUGAUCUCUCCCUACGGAGCUCUGAUCGUGGGCUUCUUCUGCGGCAUCAUCUCUACCAUGGGCUACAUCUUCAUUUCUCCCUUCUUGGAAAAGACACUGAAGAUUCAGGACACGUGUGGAAUACACAACCUGCACGCCAUGCCUGGGGUGAUUGGCGGGAUAGUUGGAGCCAUCACUGCUGCAGCUGCCAGCGAGUCAGUCUACGGAAAGCAGGGGUUGAUCAACACGUUUGACUUCACUGGAGACUUUAAGGACAGAACCGUGUUAACUCAGGGUGGAUACCAGGCCGCUGGCAUGUGUGUGUCCAUCGUCUUCGGGGUUGUAGGCGGAGCUAUAGUCGGUUCCAUCCUGAAGUUACCCAUCUGGGGUGAUCCUGCUGAUGAGAACUGCUUCGAUGAUGAGAUGUACUGGGAGCUCCCUGAUGAAGAGGAGGAGCAUCAGGAGAGCAUCCCUCCCAUUCUGGAGUACAACAACCACGUGAUCCACAAGCAGCAAGACCUGUAG